AUGUACGUACGUAAUUUACGUUCUAGCGAUUACUCAUCACUAACGAAUUAUCGAUUAUGUACCGCAAGCAACAAUAUUUUUGAAGAACAAAAAGUUUUUAAAAGGUCAUUCGAGUCAAAGGUUGAUCUCCGUAAUGAAAGUCAUAAAAAGUUUAUGGAAGUGGAAUCGAAAGAACUGUCUAAAGCAGAUAUUGUGAAUAUGCUCUACCCUUAUAAUUACCACUUAUCCAUGCCAAAAGAAAGGCUCGGGUACGGCCUCAUGGAAGGUUUUAAUUAUUGGAUGAAACUACCAAGGGACGUAGUAGAGCUUGCCGAUAAUAUUUGGGUUGCGGCAUACGAAGCUGCCAGUUUAGGUUUACUGGCAAGUCCUUACCUAUUAGGUGUUGGACGUGCAGCUAUUUGCAGCCAAGGCGUUUUCUUCAUAACUUUAAAAAGACUAUUAGAACUAAACAACCCGAAGGCUGUAGAAAUGUAUGUUGACAGUAUAAUCUUUUAUUGUGUUGGAUUAUAUAAGGAGACCGACAAUACAAAAAAAAUGAUUUGUCCAACUAUAAGUGAAUUCGAAGAGUUGUGUCUUCAAAAAUGUGAUGGAAUAACUAGCUUGCCUAUCAGAAUUAUGCAAAUAUUGUCCGAUACUAAGACUGAUUAUACUCAUCUCUUGCAUUUGUUCACUCUUCAUGGCCAAUACGUCAACGACACUGCAAAUUUAUGCCAGCAACAGACGUGGGAUGCAAAAGCUUACCUUGAAGAUAUUUCUGAAGGAAAAUUCACACUACCAACUAUUCAUGCUGUUCGCAGUGGGACAUUUGAAGGGCAAACUGUACACAACAUUUUACUUUCGAAAACAAAAGAUGUAGCAACUUUAAGUUAUUGUUUAUCUCUGCUUAAAAAACUUGGAUCAAUUGAAUUCGCUAUGAAUAAAACAAGAUCACUUGAACAUAAAAUAAGAGAAGAAAUAAAGAGAUUAGGUGGAAAUCCUGUACUUGAGGAGUAUCUAGAAAAAAUUAUCAACUUGUCAUAUGAUGAAAAGUACCCAACAUAUACCAAGAAAGUAACAUGCUAA